AUGACGACUGCCUCGCCAGUUUCGCGCUUGCCACCCGAGAUUCUAGGGAUGAUAUUCUCACUGGCAGCCAUCAUCGACCCUCCCAUCGCUCCUCUGAGCUCAGGCGAAUUCGAGCGACUCGUGGAUGAUCUUCGCACGCACCCGACAAGCGACGAGAAGGAAUACCCAAGUGGGAACGGGGCCCUCGGGUUCAUACGGCUAUCACACGUCUGCCGAUCCUGGAGAGAGACUGUGCUCUCGAUGAGACGACUGUGGGCGGAUGUUGUUGGGAUCAUUCCGCUAGCCACCAUCGACACUGUCAAUCGUGCUUGCUCAGUGCCAAUCACUCUCAACUUCAAAGAGUUCUGGGAUUGGCCCACCCCCGACUUCAUCCUACAACACCUUCUCAAAGCCCCUGCUAUUCGGGCUAUUCACGGCAGCUUCGUCAUCGAUCGUCAUGAUGGACAGAAGCCGACUGUCUGUUCACUCAUAGACAGUGUGUGGAGUGAUGCAGGCAGCGCUCCUUGGAAUACUUUGGAAACUGUGGACUUCGUCGUCGAUCGAACCACCGGCGUGGAAGGCGCCCAUCACGCACCCUCUCUGCGUACUCUCAGAUUGAACAACUUCUUCGUCCCAUUCAUCGCCAAUGCCUUGCAACAAGUAUCGCUCACGUUCGACAAGCCCGGGAACGGAGUGCUCACGAUGCCGGCGCUUCUCAACUUCCUACGCAGUUGUGCCGGUACUCUACAAGAGCUCAAGCUCUCCCACGCACUGCAGCCUCAACAUAUGCCGCAAGCGGACCCUGUAGAGUUCCCGGCGCUCUGCCGUCUGGAUGUAGGCGGCUAUUCACCCAGGCUGCUCGACACCAUACAAGACUAUUUCACAUACUCUUCGACGUGCGGCGUCUCCUUCCAUCCCUUGAGCGGGCGGAGCGCAGAACAAGAGUUGCCUGACAUCGCGAUACACCGAGCUUUACGCGUCUUCAGCGACGAGGUCCUCGCUACAGGUCAUUCGUACGGGUUCGCCUGCAUGACUCUGCCCGGGGAGGCGCCGUUCGUGUCUGUCCGCGCGGUAUCGCCUAAGCUUCUCACCGACAAGGGCGGAAUCUUCCUCGAAUAUCCUAAACUUGGCGAGCGCAGAGUCUACUUCAAGCCGGACGACAACGUGAAGGGCACAAGAUGCGACGCCCUGAAGAUGCUAUGGGGUACAAUCGCCCGUCAUGCGGGUACAGGAGGUCAUCAACUGGAUCUCAGCGCGCUUAGAGGACUGCACGCUCUUUCGAUCAUCCACAAAGACAUCACCAGGCAACACAAUCGGGGUGGUCGAGACUGCAUAUUGUAUCUGACGCCAAAGCUCCGCAUUUUACAUAUGGACGGAUUCGACAACAACGCGAUCCGGGAUAUCGCUACGCCAGAUCCCUUCGGAGACGCGCCAAUUCCCAUCCUCCAUCUCCUCUACCUGACCGCAGGGUACCCAUCAGCACCGCCCAUCUGUCUGGAACAAUUCAGCGACGCUCUGCGUAAGCGGGCCGAGUACGAUCAGAAAGAAGACGAAGUGUGCCCGCUGCCAUACCUCGUCAUGGACGAGAACAUCAGGUUCGACCGGGACGAGGAGCUGGAUGAUGAGCUAGAGUGGCUCGCCAAUAUGCAUUAUGUUCAGGAAUGGCACUAUGUAUCCUUGAAUAGGGAGUAA